CGAGAGAAAGUAUGAACACUUGGACACAAUCUCCACUUAGUUUUCAACACAUUCUUCAGGUCCACUUAUCCCCAUACUACUGUAGAUCUGCUAUACCGGUGAGAUCGAUGGCUUUCCACAUUGGUACACAUGAUCCUGCGGAUACUUGUGCUACUCCACCCAGAUGGCCAGAGAUAAUCUGAGACGAAUCAAAUCAAGUGAAGCACAGGAUUGACUCUCCACAGAACCUGAGAGGUAACGGCAACGUCAGAGCUGUGGAGGCUGAUGUCAGAAAUGUUGGCAGCGAGAACAGUGUCACAUUUGUGUUCUGAGAUGGUGGUUACAAGAUUCUCAUCUCUCCUACAACAGAUUCUGCUAUGACUGUGGAUGUGAGCCUGGGUGACUGUCCAUAUGGCACUCAAUGCAAAGACAACAGGUGGAGCUCUGAUGGAAUACAUCAGAGCCCCCAGGGCGAGGUACACAAUAGUCGGGGAAGCCAUUCGUUUUGUCGUCCCAGCGCAUCUACAAUGCUCUAUUGGAUGUGGAGGCCAAGCCUGCAAGUAUGAUGACCCAAAUCACUGGAGUGAUCAGGACCAGGCCAUAAAAGGACUCUACUCAUCCUGGGUUACUGAUAACCUUCUUGCUACUUCCAGACCCUCAACAGAAAUUAUUGAGAAAUAUAAUAUUAUUGAUCAAUUCAGAAGGAAUGGUAUUAAAACAGUGAUCAACCUGCAGACUCCUGGUGAACAUGCCAGCUGUGGAAACCCCCUAGAACCUGAAAGUGGCUUCUCAUACCGUCCAGAGGUCUUCAUGGAAAACAACAUUUAUUUCUAUAAUUUUGGCUGGAGUGACUAUGGAGUAGCCACCCUCACCACUGUGUUGGACAUGGUGAAGGUCAUGGCCUUUGCACUGCAGGAGGGGAAGAUAGCAGUCCAUUGUCAUGCUGGUCUUGGCAGAACAGGUGUGCUGUUGGCAUGUUUCAUAGCCUAUGCCACAAGGAUGACCGCCAACCAGGCUAUUUUAUAUGUACGAGCAAAACGGCCUAAUUCCAUCCAGACCAGGGGUCAGCUGCGGUGUGUUCGACAGUUCGUCCAGUUUCUUACCCCUCUGAGGAGUGUGUUUUCCUGUGCUGCACCCAAAUCAAACCCUGUCACGCUGUGCCAGUACUUAAAUCGCCAAAGACACAUGUUACACGGUUAUGAGAGAAGAAAGCUGAGAAACCUCCCAAAGAUUGUCCAACUGGUGUGUAGGCUGUUACUGGACAUAGCAGAGAAUCGACAGGUGAUUGAAGAAGACAUACUGGAGGCCCCUGACAUCCAAGACAUCGAGAUGCAUCUCAGUGUCAUUGAGAAACUCGGCCCUGAGUUUUUUUCAAAGGAGCCCCGUUUGCCAGGUACCCCCACCUUACCUAGGCAUUUCAAUGAGCCACCUAUCUUUUACCAUCGCAAAAGUCUCAGCUACAGUGAGUCCGACUUGAGACGACUGGGAUCAGAGCUCAACCUCCUCACGCGCCUCGGCACCCUGUCACAAAGUAAUGCAGAAAUAUCCGCAUCUGAACCCAAGGUCCCUGUAAUACAAGACUGGAAUAGCAAUGCAUCUUUGAACUCAAACUGUUCUAAAGGCUCACUCUGGGAGGUGAAGAAUGUGGAAAACCAAAAAGACGGUUCCAUUCUGCUGAGGCGGAAAAUUAUCCAACGUAGUGAGUCUGUAGGACCCAAUGAAAAUACCAAACAAGGUAACAUAUUGUCCAGAUGGAAGGCUGAACAGAGGGAAGUAGCAUUAAAUGGGAUGAAAUCUGAAGUUAAAGAAGAACAGUCAGAGGUGCCCUUCAUCACCCUACAGUCAGAGUUGUCCCCGGAGGCCAGGAGGUUGCUCGUAGCGCAGGCCUUGGCUGUUGACCUUUUUCUGGAUGGAGAAGAAGCUCAUAAGAGUAAAGCACUGACCUGGCAGGCCGAGCUGAACCAAGGUGGAGCAUGGGAAAGGCUGUGCAUGGAGAGGGAUCCUUUCAUCCUAAGUGGGCUGAUGUGGGCAUGGUUAGAGCAGCUCAAAGAGCCAGUGAUCUCCAUCCAGGAUGCCAAAAAACUGAACCCUGAAGACACCGAUGCUCAAACGGUUCUCUCCUCACUUGACCAGGCGCCUAGAGAAACAUUAACAAGCAUCCUACACUGUAUGGCCAAUAUGGAGAGUAUACCCGAGGAGGUUGAAAAUGCAUUCCUGAAUCGUACCAUUAAAGCUUUUACUUGGAAGCAAAAUAAUACUGAGGAUGGAAGUGAAGUGUACAAGUCCAUGACUACAGUCCUGAGGAGAGUCUUAGAGGACAUGAGAGAUAUCCCCGACCCUGAAGACAAAACACCAAUUUCUCCUACUUUGUAUUAUAUUCAAUAAGACAUACCAGUCACAUGUAGGUGGUGAACUGCCUGUAUCUCCAUGUGGAGGCUUGAAGUUAAAUAUAUAUUUGUGUGCCUUGUGACAUUACGGUUUAAUGUGAAGCUGAUUAGUUUUAUUACCAACACAGAAUGUACCACAGUAUCAUCUUACCUCGCUAGUGAGAAAAUACAUUGAAGAACAUGUGAAGAGAAAAACUGCAAUGCAUUAAGCCUUAACAGCAGUCAGAUUAAAUGUUAACAUACCUCAGUUCUAAAUGUUCUUUAUGACUGUAUAGAACAUAAUCCUUACACAUCUUCAGAUAACAUUUAUUAGAAGAACCAAAUGUGUGCACAUGUAAGUGAAAAUAUCUAAUUUUAAGACAGAAAAUAUGACUAAAAGUCACAAAUAACAGAUGUCGACUGUAGGUAAUUUGAUUAUUUUAGUUAGAACAUUCUCAGAUAAUGGAUCAUGGAAGAUAUCUUGUGGUUUUUGGUAACAGAAACACCAUACAUCUGUCCAGGUGAUUCAUACAUGUACAUUUCUUUCUGUAUGUUACAUAUUAAACCUUAAAGAGAGACAACAUUCCAUUGUGAGGUCAAAUUUUGCACAUCAAAAUGCUGGGAAGAGGAUUACAUGAUGAACAUUCCUCUUUUUUUGUGACCUCCAGACAAUAUUUACUGACAUGUUUUAUCACACAGUGUUAAUGCCUUUGCUAGAAUAUAGUGUUUUUUUAAUUGUAAAGGAUGUUAUCUGUUUUGUAAACAUAGACCGACCACGAAAACUGACAACGUAUAUGCAUAAUAUAUGAUAUGUGAUAAGCAUAUUUGGUUAUCAGUUGAGCAUAAAAGCAAAUUAUAUGU